GGUGCGUGCUGACGUAAGACGCACGGCUGGGAGCGGGGCGGGUGGCCGGGCGGGCGGCGGAGGCACGGGGCCUGCUCCCGCCGGCACCAUGGCCAAGACCGUGGCCUAUUUCUACGAUCCAGACGUGGGCAAUUUCCACUACGGGGCUGGGCACCCCAUGAAGCCCCACCGCUUGGCAUUGACCCAUAGUUUGGUGCUGCACUACGGGCUCUAUAAGAAGAUGAUCGUCUUCAAGCCAUACCAGGCUUCUCAGCAUGACAUGUGCCGCUUCCACUCCGAGGACUACAUCGACUUCCUGCAGAGAGUCAGCCCCACGAAUAUGCAAGGCUUCACCAAGAGCCUCAAUGCCUUCAACGUGGGCGAUGACUGCCCCGUGUUCCCCGGCCUCUUCGAGUUCUGCUCCCGUUACACCGGUGCCUCCCUGCAAGGAGCCACGCAGCUGAACAACAAGAUCUGUGAUAUUGCCAUUAACUGGGCUGGCGGGCUGCACCAUGCCAAGAAGUUUGAGGCCUCUGGUUUCUGCUAUGUCAAUGACAUUGUGAUUGGCAUCCUGGAACUGCUCAAGUACCACCCGCGGGUGCUCUACAUUGACAUCGACAUCCAUCACGGGGACGGUGUCCAGGAAGCCUUUUACCUCACCGACCGGGUCAUGACCGUGUCCUUCCACAAGUACGGAAACUACUUCUUCCCUGGCACAGGUGACAUGUAUGAGGUCGGAGCGGAGAGUGGCCGGUACUACUGCCUCAACGUGCCCCUGCGGGACGGCAUCGAUGACCAGAGUUACAAGCACCUUUUCCAGCCCGUGAUCAACCAGGUGGUGGAUUUCUACCAACCCACGUGCAUCGUGCUGCAGUGUGGAGCUGACUCUCUGGGCUGUGACCGCUUGGGCUGCUUCAACCUCAGCAUCCGAGGACACGGGGAGUGUGUGGAAUAUGUGAAGAGCUUCAACAUCCCCCUGCUGGUGCUGGGUGGCGGCGGCUAUACCGUCCGGAAUGUGGCGCGCUGUUGGACGUACGAGACGUCGCUGCUGGUAGAAGAGGCCAUCAGUGAAGAGCUCCCCUAUAGCGAAUACUUCGAGUACUUUGCGCCGGACUUCACGCUCCAUCCAGAUGUCAGCACCCGCAUCGAGAAUCAGAACUCUCGCCAGUAUCUGGACCAGAUCCGCCAGACAAUCUUUGAGAACCUGAAGAUGCUGAACCACGCGCCCAGUGUCCAGAUCCAUGACGUGCCCGCAGACCUGCUGACCUACGAGAGGACCGAUGAGGCAGACGCAGAGGAGAGGGGUCCCGAGGAGAACUACAGCAGGCCAGAGGCACCCAACGAAUUCUAUGAUGGAGACCAUGACAAUGACAAGGAAAGCGACGUGGAGAUUUAAGAGUGGCGGGGCAUGCUGUGUCCCAAGGAAUUCCUUUUACCUCCUGGGCCAGAGGGAAAAGAUGUCAUUCCCCCAGCCUUGGGCCAGUCAUUCUCAGGGCUUUUAGCAAAGGGGACAUGCUUGGAGACCACAUCUGGUUCUAGAACCAGCUACUCUUUCCACCCCUCCCACGGCCCGACAAUGGUACCUGCUAGAGAUUGGAUGAGGACAAGGAUAGCUGUCUCUAAAAUAUCUUGGCUCUAGAAACGAGGCUCCAGUUCCUCUGACCCUCGUACCCUUCCCUGCUUUCCUCCAACCUGAGAUCUCUAGGCUUGGGAGGAGAGGCAGGACCGAGGUAGCCUCGCCUGGGUUCUCCUGAUGCAUGCCUUGCUUCCGGUGCAGGUGGAGAGGGAGGGGUCCUAGGGACUCUGACUCCCUAACACCUACUAGCCCUCUAUGAUGGAAAGGACGGUUGAGAGUUGGAGGAGGAUGUGAUAACGUCCUUUUCUAACUUGGCUUCGUGUUCAUUUUACCACUGUUUUUAAUCCAAUAAACCAAGUUGGUAUUUUUUGUA